UAACGUUACUUUUUUGUCUUACGACUAAUCAGACGCGAUCUUGUUUCACUCUCUGUCUUCUUCGAAAUAACAGUUUCUUUGUUACACCUACGGGACAAGCACUGACUUCCUGGGGCACGUUGACUCAAACUAGACGGGAAAGAAAAAUAUUUGUUCUCAAUGAAAGAGAAUAAUAUGAAGCCAAAACGCAUUCAGAGGCACAGAGCACCCACUUGGCAAGGAAAAGGCGUCAACACUGGGGACAAGACAACACUGAGCCAAGCUAAGCCAACGUCGCGUGUGUCGUCUUCUACUCAAAGCAAACCUUUUACUGGGAGAGUAUUUUACCUGGACCUGCCAUCAAAUAGAACAGCAGAGACACUGGAGAGUGACAUCAAAGAACUGGGAGGGACUGUUGAGAAGUUCUUCAGUAAGGAAAUUAAGUAUCUGGUGUCCAACAAGAGGGAGGCCAAAUAUGUACAGUGCCUCCGGCAGGACACUCCUGUCCCUAGCCCGGACUCUGGACCGAGUUCACCUCACCCUCGUUCAAACCCACACCGUCCUGGCAGCCAUGGGGACAACAUUAAAAACAGGUCUCAGGGUCAAGCAGACACAUUUGUCACAAGUCGAGGGAAGUCUUUGGUGGAGAGAGUGGUGAAAGAGCAGGAGAGGGUACAAAUGAACAAGAUUCUGUCAAAUGCUCUGGAGUGGGGUGUGAAAAUCCUCUACAUAGACGAUGUUAUAGCGUAUGUGCAGAAGAGAAAAAAGAACAGCGUCCAAUGUCCUAGGACCACUGCUGUCAAAGCAAGCGUCAAAGCUCAGUCAGCAGCAAAGCAAGGCUUUCAGAGAUGCAAAGGUGGGCGAAUCAGUAAACCCUUUGUCAAGGUUGAGGAUUCAAGCAGACACUACCGUCCAAUCUACCUCACAAUGCCAAACAUACCUGAGUUCAACCUGAAGGCUGUUCCACCUUGUAGUCCCUUCUGUGUCGAGGACAAGGAUCCUCCUGGGAACAAACAGCAAGGACACAGAGGUGGGAAGGCCUCAGCCACUGAGGAGAGAGCUCACGGCCGAAAGAAGAACAAAGACAAGAAGCGAGGUGGCUACUGCGAGUGCUGUAUGAUCAAAUAUGAAAACCUCAUCACGCAUCUACAGAGUGAACGUCACAAGGCCUUCUCCAAGAGUGACGAGUACCUGGUGGUGGACAGACAGGUUUCAAUGCUUCACUGCAACUUCAUCCACACCAAAACUAAAGUUAAAAGACCAAAGUGCAGUGUUUCCUCUGUUCUGGUUGCUCCUGGACCAUGUGGGAAAACUGAGCUAAGACACAAGGGAGAUCUUAAUACCACAGAGACUAUUAAAGAGGUCCAGCAUCAGACUGUCAGUGUGGGAUCUUAUUCAGGACAACCUUUAAAAAUCGCAUCAGUUCCUGGUUCUGCUUGUCAGACUCACAGAGAGGGAGACAGGAGGAGCUGCUACACUCACUCAGACAGAUCCAAGCACAAAUCUCUUGCAUGUAAAAGGCCGUGCAGACAGAAUCCCAGACAGAAUUCUUGCACUGAAAAAGCUGAGCGGGCUCAAAUUCCUCAGCCCGAGAUGGAAACAGCCCCCUCUAGAGGUGAAUGUCUCAUCUCUUUUCCCUCCAGAGUUGCUCAGGUCGACUCGGUGGACCAAAUAUCUCACAGAGACAAGAACAGCUCCACCUCACUCUUCCAUAAUAUCAAUGCACAGAAUGAUUCCCCAAAAAGCCUAAAUGUUGUGACAAAUGAACAAGAGGAGUCUGUCAAGAACAAGGAUUCCUUACUGUUUGAGGCUGGUCAGAAAGGAAACGUAAUGCCUGGAAACAACCUUGCAGAAAAUAAAGAGGGAAGUCUUCUUGCACCAAGCUUCUCUCCAGCCCGGAAAAUACAGAGAAGGAUCCGAGUUUAUAAACGGAAAAGACGGAAAGUAGACACACACGUUGAACAUGUAAAGCCAAGUGAUGCUCCUUACAACUCCAUGCUUUGGGAGCUUUUCCAGUCAAGUGAUGACAUGGGCUCGGAGUUUCGUGGAUUUGAAGACUAAGAAAGAACAAAUGAACUGAAGGGAUUAACUGGACCAUUGUUGCCUUUUUCAAUACUAGAACGAUACCACUUUGAUUGUCACGGACUAGCAAGCCAACUGAUUACGAAAUGAUCUACACUGGCUUAUUUUGACUCAGGGGGUAAAAAUGCAUAUUUUUUCCCCCUUUAUUUAAUAUCAGAAAAGCAGCUGCUGACGUGUUGUAACAUUUUGUUUACAGCAUUGUAUAAGAUGUAUACUGUUGAAAAGAAGUUAAAUGUCUCAUGUCAACGUUAUAAUUAUCUUUACUGUGGCUGUAAAAUGUUUGGCUUUUAUCAUUUUGCACAUAACUUGCACAAUACACAAGUGUAUUCAUUACAUUUAUUUGGCAUUUGUAUUCUAAACUCAACACAAGGAGCUAUUAAAAUGGACUGGAAAUUGAAGAGAUGUAUGCAGAACUAUAAUAUUCCCAAGAUCGUAACAUCUGUCUUGAUAUUGAGUUGUAGCUAACACUCAUCACCCAUCACAAAGUAAUAAUAGAACUUAAUGUAAGACAGAGAACACAAAUUUAUUUGAUUCUUAAACCAGAAAUGACCAAACAAAUGUUUUUUUUUUGUUUGUUUUUUAACAAAAGUGUAAAAUGUCAGGGUUGAAUACUCUUCAUUUCCACUAGAAGAUAUAUGAUAUAUUAGUGAGUGAAUAUAUAUAUAUAUAUUAUUUUCAUAGUUCACAGUCUCUACAGAAAUGCCGACAAAAUACCGAAUGUUCAUUUUCAAGUAUGUCAGAGGGAAAACUAAAGCUCCAAUGGUAACAUUUUAUACAGUCAUUUGGAGAAAGAAGAUUGAAUCUUCCCAGACUUGGGGAACUGAUUGUAUUUGUAUUGUAAAAUACAUAUACUGGUUGUAUGUUAUACAUAUAUUGGUUAUAUAUGUAUUUUAAUGUGAAUGACCUGUAGGUUGGACGUGUGGUACAUGACAUUAUAGGUGACAUUUUAGGAUUCUUCUUUAGUGUACUUUUCAUAACCUGGCAUCAUGUGCUUUUUCUGAUGGAUUAGCUCAUCUUCUCCCUUUUUCCCUGCAUUUAGAGCAUUAGCAUAGAGCCCUUGUUCUCCCUUGCUGCUCUCAAAUAAAUGCACUGGGUCAAAUGGGAGUCUCUGUGCCACUGACAUUAAGAAAAAGACAUGAGCAACAGUCUGUUCUGAGGUACAAGCACUCUGCAAAUAAAGGCAAUGCUGAAUGCGGA